CAAUGAGGGGCAGGCACUUCCCCUCACCGUGCAAACGCUGAGCUCGUAUUUCCUCUCCGCCGACGGUCCCAGCAGCGGUGCGAUGCUCACUCUGCAACCUUAAGCUUCAUUUCUUCCCCCUUCUCUUCCCCCCAAGCGCCCUUAAAGCGGGGACACCUCGUGUCUUUUAUACCUUUCUUCAUUUUUCUUUUUCUCGAACAAGCAGCUCCAGGUUUUUGGACAUGCCUAACAUCGUGCUUUUUAGCGGGAGCUCCCACCACGACCUGUCCCAGAAAGUGGCGGAUCGGCUGGGACUGGAGCUGGGGAAAGUGAUAACGAAGAAAUUCAGCAACCAGGAGACAUGUGUGGAAAUUGGGGAAAGUGUGCGUGGUGAAGACGUGUACAUCAUUCAGAGCGGCUGUGGGGAAAUUAACGACAACCUAAUGGAACUGCUAAUCAUGAUAAACGCCUGCAAGAUCGCCUCGUCAUCCCGUGUCACUGCCGUCAUCCCCUGCUUCCCCUACGCCCGACAGGACAAGAAGGACAAGAGCCGAGCACCCAUAUCAGCCAAACUGGUGGCUAACAUGUUGUCGGUGGCUGGUGCGGACCACAUCAUCACCAUGGACCUCCACGCGUCACAGAUCCAGGGCUUCUUCGACAUUGCUGUGGACAACCUGUACGCCGAGCCCGCCGUCCUGCAGUGGAUCAAAGAACACAUUCCUGAGUGGAAGAACUGUAUCAUCGUGUCUCCAGAUGCAGGAGGAGCCAAACGCGUGACGUCCAUCGCGGACCGUCUGAAUGUGGACUUCGCUCUCAUCCACAAAGAGAGGAAGAAGGCCAACGAGGUGGACCGCAUGGUGCUGGUCGGUGACGUCAAGGACCGCGUGGCCAUCCUGGUGGACGACAUGGCCGACACCUGCGGGACCAUCUGCCACGCUGCCGACAAGCUAAUCGAUGCUGGAGCUGUGAAGGUCUACGCCAUCCUCACGCACGGCAUAUUCUCAGGGCCGGCCAUAUCUCGCAUCAACAGCGCCCCGUUCGAGGCUGUGGUGGUGACCAACACCAUCCCGCAGGAGGAGAAGAUGAAGGCCUGCCCGAAAAUACAGGUCAUCGACAUCUCCAUGAUCCUGGCGGAGGCCAUCAGGAGAACCCACAACGGCGAGUCGGUGUCCUACCUCUUCAGCCACGUACCCUUGUAGAGAACAGGAGCUCGUCAGGCCACGGGGCCAACGCUUUCGGGCACACCUCCUCCAGUUAAGGCUGAAAACAAAAGAGGCCUGAUGGCUUUCAGCCAAAAGCCCAUGUGACUGUUUAAAGGUCACGCCCACAUUGCCCUUUACAUCUCACCCAGCAGACAGAGAAAUAUCACUUCCUCCUCCGAAGACCAACUUUGUAUUUAUGAGCUUUCUUAGUUUUUUGUGCCCCCCUCUCUCUGUUUCAGUAUUGCUAACCUUGAGCCCAGCACUCAUUGGCCUCCACUUUAACCAAAGGGUCCAUUAUGUAACACCGUGUAUUAUUUGUACCUCACUUUAAAUGAAGCUUUCCACUGUGUCGUGGGUCAGCGGUGUUUCUGGCCCUUUAUGCUUCACAAAGUAAUAAAACAUGAAAAUGUAUCCGCG